AACACAUUUUUUGUUGCAAUAAUCUCUCAAACAUUAUUCCUUGCCAAGUAACAUUAUAUUCUCGAUCAUAACAUUGUUAAACAUUUCACAUAUUGCAUGAUAUGGAGGUGGAAAACCGAGAAGAAAUUUUCCAAGAGUGCAGCUAUGGUCAUCGUGAUGAUGAGGCAAGUUCCAUUGAUGUUAUUAAUGGAGAUGAAGAAGGGCAUUCCCAUAGAAAAUGUUCUGUGGACAAUUGCGAGGUAGACCAUGACAGUAUUCUGUGUCUCCUUAACUCUGAGAUGAUGGAAGAUAACGAGGAAGAAAGGUCUCUCGAGUCCAAUAUUUCCCGUACAUCAGUGUCUUCGUUGUCAAAACACAAACGCGUUCUCGAUUAUAUCGAAAUGGAUUUUGAUUCGAGUGAGAAUAUUGUUCAUGUCCCGCUUUGUUCUGAUGAUCAGAGGUGUCAUUCUGGAGAAGUUAAACGCACCAAGACUGCUCAACGAGAGAAAAGAGAACGUGAAGUUAUGCAAAAAAGCUUGAAAGAAUUGUUUGCUACACAAUCAAAUGAAGAAAUAGAAGAAGAGGAAGAAAGAUAUCCACGUAGAGAUAGUCCUCUACAUGGCCAACUGACAAUCUCAUCUUCUUCCGAUGACUACAUUUCUCUUUGUCGUUCCAAUAGCACUGCUAGUACCCAAUCUUUUGUCUUCCCCAUAUUAAAUUCAAAUUUGUGUGAAACUCCGAUAAAGAUCACGCCAUGUGAGAAGAGGCUCAACAAGAAGGUAUCAUAUUGGAGAAAGUAUUGUUUUGGCUGCUGGAUAUUUUGAAUUACUCUAUCUGUAUUGAAGUUAUUACAAUAAAUUAUGGAUAAAAUAUUAAUAUGGAUGUACAAAUUAAAAUUAACAACAAAGG